AACGUCAUCAGGUUUAAUCAAUCAGUUCUAAGCGCUCAGACAGAACGAUCGGGAGCAAUUUGUGUCGAUCAGAGUCAAACGUUUCCAGUGGAGCACACGUGAUGGAGUUACGCGAUCAUUCUGGCAACAGUAGGAUAAAACCGAACCAGCCCAAUGUUCUUGUGGAAUGGAAGUCACUCUCGGUUAGAGUCGGCGGACGUAAGCUAUGGACUAGAUCGGAACCGAAUUACAUUUUGAAGAAUGCUACUGGUGCGAUUCGAUCCGGUGACCUUGUUGCCGUUAUGGGUGCAAGUGGAUCUGGGAAAACAACGCUUCUGGCGACAACUUCGAUGCGUUUGGUAGGCGAGGUUCGCGGAGAUGUUCUGAUCAAUGGACUGUUCGUGAAUCAAUCACAGAUGAAGCGUCUAUCGGGGUUUGUACCACAGUUUGAAAUCGCUAUCCGGUCGUUAACGGUGCAGGAACAUCUGUCGUUUGUGUCCCAGUUAAAAGGAGUGAAUCAGCAUCGAAUGGGUCAAGUGAUUAGAGAGCUCAACUUGGACAAAUGUGAGCAUACGAGAAUUUCCAACUUGUCCGGUGGAGAACGUAAAAAGGUGAAUCUCGCGGGGGAGUUGCUGACGGAGCCUGACAUUUUGUUCUGUGAUGAGCCGACUACGGGUCUGGAUAGUUUCAGUGCACUUGCUGUGUUGAAGACAUUGAGGAAAAUUGCACAGAAGGGGCGAAAAGCAGUGAUCUGUACCAUUCAUCAUCCAACGUCCGAUGCGUUUCAGUGUUUCACCGAUAUCAUACUGGUGCAUAAGGGUGAAAUCCUUUACCAGGGACCGACCGAGGAAGCAAGGACGUUCUUUGAAAGCAUACAUUUUCCGCUACCGAUUAAUUGCAAUCCCGCAGAUCACUACUUCAAAUUGGUCUGCGAUUACAGCCAAAUCGAUCAUGUGGAAAACGAUCAUCAUCUGCAGCAGCAGCAGCCACAGCCACAGCGAGAAGAAACGGACAGCAGCAACAAAACGAGAUACGAGAUCGUGCGCAAGUGCCAUAUGGAAAACAUUGGCAAAAAGUGCCUGAUGGGACCACCGUACCACCAAAAUGAUGUGAUUGAUAAGCUUUGUCGAGAUAAUCACCACGCAUGCUGGCCGUCGCAGCUCUAUCUAUUGCUCCGCCGGGGCGUCAUCGACAGCGUUCGCAACGUUCGGCAGCACGUCAUUGUGACGCUUUUGUUUUUGACCACUAGCAUUACCAUCUCGGCGCUUUACUUUCACGUAACACCCACCAGCCAGACGGCCAUCCAAGACAUCCGGGGAGCGCUGUUCCUCAUGAUCUGUGAGCUACUCUAUACCAUCAGCUACGGGGUAUUCUACGUGUUUCCCCUGGAGAUGCCCUUGCUAAGGCGCGAGGUGGGUGAGCAGAUGUACCGACUGUCGGCCUAUUAUGCUCACAAGGUGCUGCUGACCGUUCCGAAGGCGCUGCUCUACUCGUACCUGUUCAUCGGAAUCAUCUACGGGUGCGUGCAGUUUUCGACCGGAUUUGCCACUUAUUUGGGAAUGGCUGCCGUCAGCACCGUGGCCAGUUUGCUGGCCGUUUCUUAUGGUUACCUCUUCACCUGUUUCACCGGCUCGCUGGAGAUGUCCCUCGAAGCCGCCAAUCUCAUCUUCCUCCUAUACCACCUGCUGGGUGGUCUGUACUUGAAUGUCGUUGCAUUUCCCAUCACCAAGUACCUGUCGUUCUUCUUCUUCGCGUCCGAGGGAGUUUCCAUCUACUACUGGCAAGGCGUGCAAAACAUCACCUGUGACGAGGGCCGAAACAUUACCUGCCUGCGAGACGGGGAAGCUGUCCUGCAGGAUUAUGGCUACGGAACGAGCCUGGAAACGGUUUAUUUUAACUAUCUGCUGAUGGCUGGCGAAAUUUUAGUCAUUCAUUUUGCGGCCUAUUUGUGUUUGAGGCGAUUUGUACGCCGGGUCGGGUUCUAUUGAUGUGCGUGCAGCAAUCCGCUUUUUGGGUUGCUUUGAAAAAGAAUACAGCUUUUUUUUUUUCGGAAAAGAGACAAUAGCUUCUUCUACGCUCAGGUAAAUUAUGUUUUCGAAAGCCGGGGUUGAAAGAAAAACAAUCCGAACAGUAAUUAUAGUUACUCGGACUCAGCUUCAAAUCUAAGCUACGAACACAUUAUGGUUUACUUUCAUUUCGGGCGUACUGCUGGUAGUGUAAGCGAUCAACAUAGAUCGCACUUGGGUGAUCACAGAUUUUCAUGGGGAAGUAAGGGUGAGAUGUGCUGGGAAAGCAGUUGUUUUUGGUUGAUUUUAGUGAAUCGGUAUAGUGUUUUAAACCUUGCCUCUUCCUCGAUUCUUGUAUACUUCUCGCCUUUAACAAUUUCACGCCGGGUAAUUCGCCAAUUGUUGAAUACCUACUACCCAAAAGUUGAAUAAUUUGUGAAAGUUUCAUUAUAAACCGAACUUAUGUAA